GACUCGCGAACGCGGACUCGAGCAGAGCCAACCAGUCCCGCGCAACAGAGCUCCCUUUGCACAAACGGUUGUGGUGUCGCUUGACUUCCGAUCAAGGAUGAGCUGGACGUUGAAGGUGUUGGCGCUGCCGCUGGUGCUGCUGUGCUCGUGGAAGGAAGCGCAAGCUUGCAGCUGCGCCGCCACGCAUCCGCAGCAGGCGUUUUGCCAAGCGGACGUCGUCAUCAAGGCGAAGGUGGUUGGAGGGAAGGCUGACGGUGACUUUAUCAAACCCAUUAAGUAUGACAUCAAACAGACCAAGAUGUUCAAAGGCCCUAACAAGGAUUUUGAUGCCAUCUACACUGCGCCAACCUCCUCAUUAUGUGGAGUCACUCUGGCUAAAGGCAUAGAGUAUCUAAUCGCAGGUCGGCUCGAGUCCGACGGUUCGCUGCACGUCACCCUGUGCAGCUUCCUUGAGCCGUGGGAUGUCUUGAGCGCCACGCAAAAGAAGAGCCUGGUGGAGCGCUACGAAAUGGGCUGCGAUUGCAAGAUCACGCGCUGCACCUCCGUCCCGUGCGGGAUCAGCAGCCCGGCCGAGUGCUUGUGGACGGACUAUCUGACGGAGAAGAUGACCAACGGCAAGCAGGCCCGACACUUUGCUUGCAUCAAGAGAAGCGACGGCUCUUGCGCCUGGUACAGGGGUGCUGCCUCACCCAAAAAGGAAUUCAUGGACAUCGAAGACCCUUAAAUCAAAUUAAAAAAAAAAAAAAAAAAAAAAAAAAAAGAGUAAUGCAGUGUAUUUUUUUUUUCCUAUGGUGACAAUUCAGCACUUUCUGACUCUAAAGCACUUCUGUACAAACUACUGCUUCAGCAGAAAUGAACGCAAUCCACACAAGUCAGUAUUAGGCUUUACUGCAAUGUUAUUACUGUUUGUAACGUCUGACAAUUUAUUUUUUUGUCUCCUGGUAAGCCAAAUAUAUUUAAUGAAGCAAUGACGAGGUGUGGGUAGAAAGAGGGUUGAUCCUUCCUGUAUUUUAUAUGCUCAUAUUUGUAAGAUGUUAAGGUGAUCAUUCUAUCAAGAGAACAAUAUCUCACUCUUGCAUAUUAGUUUAUGUGAGGUCAAUUCAUUUCAGUGUUUGGAACAAUAUUGUAUCUUUUUUUUUUUUUUUUAAAGUUUAUUAAAUACGGUUACAGUAA